UAGUAAGUGGGUUGGAGUUGAUUUUUUCGAUUCUUUCUAAGAUUACAUAUUUCCUUCAAAAACGAUGUGAAAUCUAGUAAAACUAAUCGUGUUCUUUAUAUGCCGUUUAUUUUAACAAGAAUUUUAUUUACAUUUACACACGACGUAGCCAUUCGUUCGAGUUCUGUUUUUUUUUGUAUAUAUGUGUAUACGUGGAAACGCGUGAAAGAGAGAAGCGAAUUCGCGGAUGCCAUGAAGACACACGAUUCAUCGUUGGAGCCUGUGACCAUUGGGUUCAAGCGUGGAUCGAGGACGCAGAAGAAUUAUCGAGCCUAAUGUCCGUAUGGUCGACGAGCACUGGACGCAAUUCAGUGUUUGGUGGCGAGAACGGAGCCGGACUCCCCUCCUCACACUUACCUAUCCACGUAAACGUGGGUCAUUUACACACACGAACCGCUAAUGAGCAUUGCUUUCACAAGAGGUUCUACGAUUUUCAGUCGAAGAUGUCGCAGUCGGGUGAUGGCCUUCACACACCGGGUUAUCUCUCAUGGAGAAAAUUGCAGCUGAGCAGAGCGAAAUUGAAGGCAUCCAGUAAAACCUCGGCGUUACUCUCGGGUUUCGCUAUGGUUGCUAUGGUGGAGGUACAACUAAACUCUGAUACAAAAGUUCCUUCGGAGAUGUUAAUUGCUUUCGCAGUUUGCACAACGUUACUAGUGGCUGUUCACAUGCUGGCGUUGAUGAUAUCGACGUGUAUUCUACCGAAUAUCGAAGCGGUCUGCAACUUGCACAGCAUAAGUCUCGUGCACGAAUCGCCACACGAACGUCUCCAUUGGUACAUCGAGGUAGCAUGGGCGUUCUCCACUUUACUUGGCUUACUUCUCUUUCUAUUAGAGAUAGCGAUUCUCUGUUGGGUUAAGUUCUACGAUUUUUCUCAGGUUGCCGCAUGGUCGGCCUGUAUAGUGUUAAUACCAGUAUUGAUAAUCUUCCUCGCUUUUGCGAUACACUUUUAUCGUAGUUUGGUAGCUCAUAAAUACGAGGUUACUGUAUCCGGUAUAAGAGAACUCGAAUUGCUCAAAGAGCAAAUUGAAUCAACGGAUACCGAAGGUAGAAACGGUAUAAACUUAUUGCAAUCCGGUGUAACGCACGUUGUGUGAUAAUCCAGUACUUCGACUUUGAAGAAAUACCAUUGCAGCGUCUGUGACGCGGAAAGGA